UGUUCCACAGCCACAGAGAUGAUCAACUGUUGGUGCUAAACUCUAACUCUUCAGACGUGUGAGAAGUGGUGCUAGAUGCUUAUUUAACAGUUGGCAGGAGUAGCAGUAAACAGCUUCUCCUUCAUUUUGGUGAGUGGCCUUCUCCGUUUUGCAGUGGAGGGCUUCACACUCAUAGCUAGUGUGGCUGGAUGCAUCACACAGCAGAGCAGUUCACCGGGUGCAGCACACGGGACCCUUUUCCUCUGGACGGACUCAACCGGGGACCAUGGGCUCCCGUGGGCAGCCGUGCCUGGCAACCUCCCACCAGGUGCUUAACUGGUGUCAGUCAGCACCAGCUUCUCCCCCAUAUGCCCAGUCACAUGACUGGGCUAAAUCAUCCAAGUAAAUUCUUAAACAAUGGACCCAUACAUCGAGGAGAUAAGCAAGACCUGUCACAGGCUUUAAUGCCGGCAUUGCAAAGAAUGCCCGCUGCUCCUCCCAGGCCUUGGGAUACAACCAGAGCUGGCCAGGGGUAUGAGCCAUUGCCUGGUGAUAACCACAACAGAUUGCGCAAUGGCUACAAUGCAGGGCCUCCUGCACACCUCACAGCUCGAGCUAAUCAGCUACUGAAGUUUGGUGCACCUCAUCCUCAAUUGUCAACCCAUGGAUCACGGCCCAUUCAUCCAUUACCUGAUUUAUGGACUCAACCUGAAAAUCAGCAGCAACCCAGGGGACCUCACUCUAAUUCUGGACAGUUAAAACGUCCUGGUCCCCCUCUCGGAGAGCAUUCUGUAAUUCAGCAUACACCUGCUCCCUCUCUACACCGACACAUAGAAGACCUCCCCAGUCCGAGCAAGAAAAAGAGCUCUGGGUCUGAACAGAUUGCUCAUUCAGCCAUGCAGCGUUUAUCUGGGCCAACUGUACUUUUGAAUCAACAGCCAUCCUCCCACUAUCCCCCACCUAAACCUGGCUUUUGGAACCCUUUGCACAAAGGAGGAGCACCCUAACCAAAUGAACACAAAAGCGGACCCAUUAAUUUCCAGGAUUCAGCGAAGUCAGAAGUUGAAAGUAUCCCCUAUAAAGCACCUCCUAUAAGUCUAUCAACCUUAUCCUCUCCCACCAUAUCCCCCACAAGUGGCUAUGGACAAAGCAGGGCCUCUUCAUCACAGUCACAAAAGGCCACUCAAUCACCACAAUCUCUGGGACCACCUUUACAGAGCCCUCACAUCCACCAUUCAACAUACCCUUAUUCCAAAAACAGACCUUCAGACCAGUCCCAAGGAGAACUCCAUGGUACUACUCCACAAAGAGGACAUCAUUUGGAUAGCCCACCUCCGCUAAUUCCUAAAUUCUCCUCAUCGCUGCGGGCAGAUAGGGAGCGUCCUGCACCCUCACCAGCAAGCCACACCACUGUGCCUUACAGUCACCCCCAGUUCCAGCCUCACCCAGGGUUGGUCCAUUCUACCAGCCCACCAGCCAGCAAUCAGGCCCAGGCCACAGUACCUCAGCACAACCUCCACAAACCCUGGAGGAACCAGGAGUCACAUGAAUUUGCAGGAACAGGAGUUUCUCAGAUUGCGGCGCACUCUCAGGCACAGAAUAGUGUUGUGGGUAACCAGGGUCCAAGGACCCCCCAACAUGUGAGCCCACCUCAGGCCCCUGCUCGAACUGUAAUUACUCCAAACCUAGAAACGGCUCAUCCACCUUGCUCCCUGGAACCAUACACCAGUGUUGGAAGCAUCCCUACAAUGAGCUCAGCACCCCUUACAACCUCCUCAAUCCACAGCACUCUAAGCAUCGGGAGACCAAUGGAUUCUUCAGUGCUGAUGUCAAACCCAAACCAUGUUUCCAUGAUUGGUCAAAAUCCACCACAUCCUGGUUAUCAUGGUGUUCACACUGGUGUUGGAACCCUUCAACAUCUACAUAGAGUGCAAUCUCAAAUUCAGCAGUCCACUCCUCCCCACACAGGACAAAGUAGACCUAACUACACCCCAGUGUCCUCUACUCCUUCCACCCUAAACUCAGGGCUUCAGCGAUCAGGGGACAGCGUCAUCACCAGCAAAACCUCUAACACUCUCCCACAACCGGUCAGUUCACCUCUAAGUUGCCCUCACCCUCCAGCACAAAUAAAGGCCAACUCGAUACUGCAGACAAUGUCCAGCAGGUCAUACAACUCUGUAACCACCCAAUCUUCCUCAAUUUCUCAGGCAACUACUACUGUUCCAACUCCAGUUUACCCAGUAUCCAGUUUGCAGCCUACUGCCCCAUGCUCAAUAGCUGAUGCUUUAAAUAAACUUGAUGCAGAGUUGCAGGGCCACAUGCAAGCAGAAGAGAGAAAGAGACAACAGGAAGAAAAGAGAAAACAGAUUGUAGAGCAACAUGAAGUAAACACAAAACCACAUUGUGAGUCUGCCAUUAGAAGUCUGGAACGUUUGUUGUCAGGUAGUACAACUGAGCCUCCCCCUCCUCGUUUGUCUCUAGCCAAUGCACCCUCUUCCAUCUCACCCUCUAGCCAGAAUUCACCACCUUAUCCCUGGUUGAGUAGAGGAGGAGUGCCCCCACGUCCUUCUGGAACUUCAGCAACUAUUAUAGAACAAUCACAACCACCUCCUCUUACUCCCCAGACAGAAUAUGCCCGUGAGAAGCAAAGGCAGAGAGAGAAAUUGAAGAGUGGGGCACCACCUCAAAAUUCUACUGGGAUUCCCACAUACCACUCAGAAUCUGCUCUCAUCAGCACCACCAACCACAGCAUGCAACUGAAACCUGGCCCGUCCAAAGACUUCACAUUGAAAACCGCUGAAAACGUUGGGAUAAUUGGUGCUAUUCCUAACCCUCCACCCCUGCGAGAGCAACCCAAACUUUAUCAAGCUUUUCACAAGGAUGCUCACUCUUCAUGCACAUUAAUUAGCCUGCCGGAAAACAACCUUCAAAAACAAAUGCCCAGUGCAGGACUUCAAAGUCUGGGUAGCAAUCCUAGUAGCUGCAGUGGUGAUUCAGAUGGUGCCCAAUUUGAGGAAGAAACUUCUGAGCUUUUGCCUGAUGGAUUAGCUAACAUCAUGAAGAUGCUGGAUGAGUCAAUUAAGAAAGAGGAGGAGGUGUAUUCUGGUCAAAAGGGAGAACAAGCAGUGUCUGAACUUCCAUUUUCUACAAAUGUGGCUCCUGUGAAGAGUUAUUUGUGCGCACCAGACCUUGUGCCUGCCCUAAAGCAAUCACCAGCUGAGGAUUAUCAGCCAGAUGGCCAUGCAAGCCCCCCUGUGUUAAGUCGACAAGGUUCACUGGCAUCUCCUUGCAGCCGCACAUCCUCACUUGAGGAAGAAGAAGAGGUUCUUACCUCUUCACUCAAGGUCAUUCCCAAGUCUGCAAAUUCCAAUAGUGUUCUGUCCCAGGAUGGCAGUCUUGCCACAACAGGAACCAGUUAUCGCCAUAGUGACCUGGCCAAGCUUUAUGGCAUUUCAGAGGUAGAGAAAAGUGAGUGUGAGGAUGAUGAAGAUGAAGUGGAUCGAGAAGAUGAAACUCCAUCCUGUUCACCACCUCAGCGCCCACACCUUCAUCAGACAGGUGUGAACAGCAUGUUUAAAAACCUUGCAUCUGUACUUGAGAGUCAGAAGUACACAUACCGGGGUGGUCCCUUUGGACGUCCCCCUCGUUCCGCUUUUGUGGGAGUGAAGUACUCCUCAUCUCUUUCUUUGGGGCCUGACAUUUGCAGGCAGCAACAAAGCACUUCUCCCACAUCAGGUUCAGCCAGUCAUCCAGGCUUUAGCAGUCCAACACAAACCCCUGCCAUUAGUAACUCUGGUCAGAAUUGUCCCCUCUCACCUACCAGUUGUGAAUCAGAGAGGAAAAGAGGGGAUAAAAUAAGCCCGUCAGAUCUUCUGGGCAACGAUGAUGAGAAAGAGAUUUCAGAAGAACCCAAAGUUGAGGUGGAUUCUGGAAACAUGAAAGACUUGUUGGAAAGACGACCAAAGCUGACCACCAUCUCAGAGUCUUCACUAGCAGAGCUUGGUCAAAGCUUGGAAGUUAAUAAACACAUAAUCCCUUUUAAAAAUCAUUCAAAUGCAGAGGCUCAUGAGAUAUACAAACCCGAUGAAGAAAAGGAACGACACCGAGAACGAGAGAGGAAACACAAACACAGCAGCAGUAGCAAAAAACAUGAGGACAAGAAGGAGAGAAAGAAAAAGCACCGAGAAAGACAUGACGAUGCAUCCCUUUCCUCCUCCUCUUCUUCCAGCUCCAGUCGAAGACACAGGGAUGGAAAGUCACACAAGGAAAAGAAGAGCAGGCAAGUGCUGGGUAAUCUGGACCUUCAGAGUAAGGAGCUUAGGGAGAAGGAACAAGAGCGAAAUGGAGACAAGAAGAGAAGGAAAGAAGAAAGUAGUCGACCCCAGAGUGAAGGGGAAGCAUGGACUCAGAUUAGAGAGAAGGGCAGCAGCUCUGGACAUUCUUCCGAUCUCCCAUCAGGUUCAUCUGCAUUAUGUUCUGAUGACUUUCAGAAACUGAAAGCACUAACAGAUGGGCCGCCUAAAGAACUGAAGAUUCGUCUCAUAAAGGUGGAGAGUGGCGACAGGGAGACAUUUAUUGCUUCAGAAGUAGAAGAGAAGAGGAUUCCUCUGAAAGAUAUAACUAUAAAGAACUCUGCUAGUGAAAUUGUCAGAGCCUGCAAGGCAGCCCGCAUGAAGGGGAAAUUCAAGGAAUCUUAUCUCCUGGAUGCCUUCUCUGUGAAACCUGUUUUGAGCUCAGAGCUGCCCAUUCCUCGUGAGAAACUCAACCCCCCUACCCCAAGCAUCUAUUUGGAAAGUAAAAGAGACGCAUUCUCUCCGGUCCUGCUGCAGUUUUGUACAGAUCCUAAAAACCCCAUUACUGUUAUCCGGGGACUAGCUGGCUCUCUAAGAUUAAAUCUUGGUUUGUUUUCCACAAAGUCUUUGGUGGAGGCAAAUUCAGAGCAUGCAGUUGAGGUCCGAACCCAGGUCCAGCAGCCAGCAGAUGAGAACUGGGAUGCCAGCGGCACUGGCCAGACCUGGCCCUGUGAAAGCAGCAGGUCACAUACAACAAUUGCCAAGUAUGCCCAGUACCAGGCAUCUAGCUUCCAAGAGAGCUUACAGGAAGAGAAAGGCAGUGAUGCUGAGGAGGAUGAUGAUGAAGAUGAAAAGCCAGCCACUAAAGCUGAGAGUACAAUCAGUAACUCCUCAGCACCCAACUCCAGUUCAGAGCAGAAAACUGUGGGGAAAAUAAUUAAAUUUGGCACAAACAUUGACCUGUCUGAUCCCAAAAGAUGGAAGCCUCAGCUGCAGGAACUGCAGAAGUUGCCAGCAUUUAUGCGUGUAUCCUCUGGUGGGAAUAUGCUAAGUCAUGUUGGCCACACCAUUUUGGGAAUGAAUACAGUACAACUAUACAUGAAGAUCCCGGGAUGCCGCACACCAGGACACCAGGAGAACAACAACUUCUGUUCUGUUAACAUCAACAUUGGACCUGGAGACUGUGAGUGGUUUGCUGUCCAUGAUGACUACUGGGAGGCCAUCAGUGAUUUUUGUGAGAAACAUGGAGUGGACUAUUUGACGGGAUCAUGGUGGCCAGUUCUGGAUGAUUUGUACCGAGCUAACAUACCUGUGUACCGGUUCAUCCAAAGGCCAGGAGAUCUGGUGUGGAUCAACGCAGGCACUGUACACUGGGUUCAAGCUGUAGGCUGGUGCAACAACAUUGCUUGGAAUGUGGGACCCGUCACUGCUUAUCAGUACCAGGUGGCUUUAGAGAGAUUUGAGUGGAACGAAGUGAAGAAAGUGAAAUCCAUCGUUCCCAUGAUUCAUGUGUCCUGGAACGUGGCCCGCACUGUUAAAGUCACCGACCCAGACGCUUACAACAUGAUCAAACACUGUCUCCUCCAGUCUAUUAAGCACAUUCAGAUCCUAAGGGACCAGCUGGUGGCAGCAGGAAAGAAGAUUUCCUACCAGAGCAGAAUGAAGGAUGAGCCGGCCUACUACUGUAACGAGUGUGAUGUGGAGGUGUUCAACCUGCUGUUUGUGACCAGCGAGAACGGCAGUCGGAAGAUGUACGUGGUGCACUGUGAGGACUGUGCACGUCAACGCAGCCCAAAUCUCUCCAAUGUAGUAGUGCUGGAGCAAUACCGCAUGGAGGAGCUCAUGAACAUGUACGACUCCUUCAGCCUGGUGAGUGCAGAAACACACACAAACACACACCAGUUUUACAACUGCGGCAAAAGGCCGUCAGUCCCAAGCUCUCGAUGA